AUGGACUUGGUGGUCAACGUGCGAGGCUUCUGCGAAACGCGGUGCCGGCAGUCCCGGGCGGUGGAGUCGUCUUCUUUGUGGACCCACAAGGACGGCUCUCUGCGAGUUUGCCAACAUGUCGAGGACCGAGGCCUCCGCCUGUUGCUGGACAGAUGGGCAGCACAGCCACGCAUCGAAGUGCUGGGCGGCUCACCAGAGGCUGGCCAGUCUCGGGCGGCGAUCGUUUCCUUCAUGAUUCGAUACGGGAACAAAGCCCGCGGUGGCCUCUACUUGCACUACAACUACGUGGUGGCUUUGCUGAACGACCUCUUUGGUAUCCAGGCGCGAGGUGGCUGUGCGUGUGCAGGGCCUUAUGCCCAGAAGCUUUUGGGAAUCGAUGCAGAUCUGGCGAGAACCUUUGACGAGGCCUUGCUUCGAUCCGCCCAGGAAGUGCUUAGACCAG